GACAUCGUAUUGUGCGGUAAAUCCGGAAGAUUAUCAUGCUGAAAAUAAUCCCGAGUCCGCUGUCAAAUUGACGGUGUCCAAACAAAAAGCAGGCAGAUCACUUCGCAGCUGUGAAUAGUUUGGAACACUUGCAGACAUCAAAACCAGCAGAGCGAUAUGGAAGAGUCCCAGAAUACAGCUGUAGAUCUGAGUGAUAUGAUCGUGGGCUUCAUAGGAGGUGGCAAUAUGGCACAGUCCAUCAUCAAGGGACUACUGAGGGAAAACGUCUUUAGACCUGAACAGUUUAUCAUCAGUGCACCGAGCGACAGGAAUCUCAAGAAGUGCAGGGACUUGGGACUCGGAGUGACACGCAGCAACACAGAAGUUGCCGAUUCAAGCAGCUUUUUCUUCCUAGCCUGUAAGCCGUAUCACAUGGUCGAUGUGAUGGCGGAGAUUGAGUCAUUGGUGGGUAGAGGCCGGCUCGUUAUUCCUAUCAGUGUUGGGACACCGGUUGAAAUGUUUGAAAAGGGAUUGCCAAAUGCGCACGUUAUCCGCGUCAUGCCCAGCCUGCCCAAUGAAGUUGCCGCUGGCAUCGCAGCGUACACGUCCUCCAGCAAAGCCACACCGGAUGACAAAGCCAUCGUUGAGGCCAUUUUUAAACCCCUCGGCGUCUGUGAGGAGGUGAAGGAGUCAAUGUUGGAUAUUACGGCGCAGCUCGGCGGAGCUGCGUGUGCAUGGCAUGCCAUGAUUAUUGAGGCUCUGGCUGACGGCGCGGUCAAGAUGGGACUGCCUCGCGACCUAGCCAACAAGCUGGCUCCGCAAUCAAUGCUGGGCGCAGCAAAACUGAUUGUGGAAACAGGCAUCCAUCCGGCCCAAGUGAAAGACAACGUGACGUCGCCCGGGGGUACGACCAUACGCGGGGUCCACAUCAUGGAGCAACGUGGCGUACGAGGGGCCAUGAUGGACGCAGUUGAGGGCGCUGUUCUGUACGCGAGAGAAAUCGCCAAACAGUGACGGAGAAAGGAAACUAAUUUAGAUUAGAUUUUGGUAAUCCGUUGAGGAACGGUAGUAGGAUGCACUGUGUAGCCUAUGAAAGAGAAACAAAAGCAGUAUGUGUGUGCUCUGGUUUUAUAGUGCAAAUGACUGUUGUCGAGUCCAUCACACGUCCUCGCAAAUCCUUCAUUUAAGAUCACAUUUCAGAUUUUUUUCGAGACCUCCAUUCCACUCAGUGGCCUUGUAUUGUGAACAAAAUUACUGAAAGUCCACGUUACCUUUUUACAAACUGUAGUUUUAAAGAAUAUAUAAAAUAAUUUUUGUUUUUCUGUUUUAUUCUGUUGUGAAACAAGGUGAUAUGUAUCAAUUUCAUCUAUAGUUACUCUAGAAGUAAAGAAAAUUUAUUUUUCAAGUUGGAGUCUAUCGACAGAGCAUUACGGACACGUAUUUGUUCCUGUCAAACAUAUUUGUAAUGAUUGUGAGACUGAUAGCAUACUUUUUAUAACAGUGAAUGUUAGUUUGGAAUUUGCAAUAUUAAAGUCAGGUGUUUUCUGGCACACCAAAGAUCAAUUCCUUUCAUACGAGAAGAAAUUAGUUUAAUUACGAAGGACAAUUUAAACACUCGUUCAUUGGUCAAUAUUCCAUCAAGAAUACAAACAAAUAAAUUACUGAACAAAUAACAUUUUUUUUUUUUAAAUGAGAGUUUUAUUUACUUAUGUAGACAAAAAUCAUGAUGUGUGAUACAAAUAUUAUUGAAUAAAUCUAGGGUUUAUAUCACGCAUGUUAAAAGUAGAUGAUCCAUGGGGUCUAGCAUUUACACAGCUUAAAUAAAAACACUUCAAAAGUGAAAACAAAAACUGAAA